GGAAAGUAAGGGAUUCCAGCAACAAAACCCAUCGAACGCAGAGGAAGAAAUCAAGUGGACUAAGACCUUCAGGAGAAGCAAAACUAGGCUGCCGACAUGCCCGUAGAUAAGACAACGACGCCGCCUCGGCCAAAUUUGAUUGAUUUCCAUGGAGUUUCAAUGGUCCAUUAUUUCACGGACAACUGGGAGAAAAUUCAAAACUUCAAAGCCAGACCAGAUGAUAUCCUGAUCGCAACAUACCCGAAAGCAGGAACUACAUGGGUCUCCUACAUUCUUGAUCUUCUUUAUUUUUCUCAGACACAACCAGAUCGCCAGACAUCCACCCCUCUUAAUGAUAGAGUACCUUUCCUUGAGAUUACGAUCCCAAACCAAUCUUCUGGAACUGAUCUGGCUGAUAGUCUUGAUACUUGUCCUCGUCUCAUCAAAACUCACCUGCCAGUCCAGUUGAUUCCAAAGUCCUUUUGGGAACAGAAAUGCAGGGUAGUGUAUGUGGCCCGUAAUGCUAAAGACAAUGCAGUGUCUUAUUUCCACUUUGACCGCAUGACCUGCGUCCAACCAGAGCCAGGAGACUGGAACAGCUUCCUACAGAGAUUCAUGGAUGGAAAGAUGGUAUUUGGAUCCUGGUAUGACCAUGUGACUGGCUGGUGGGAGAAGAAACAGUCCCAUCCUAAAAUCCACUACAUGUUCUUUGAAGAUAUGGUUGAGGACACAGGACGGGAGAUAAAUAAGUUGUGCUCCUUUCUUGGUUUGACCUCAACAACCAAAGAGAAGGAACAAAUCAGACAUCAAUCACAGUUUGAUAAUAUGAAGAAAGAUGACAUGGCCAACUACUCAACUGUGAAAGCUAUGGACUUUAAGAUCUCUCCCUUCAUGAGAAAAGGGAAGGUUGGUGACUGGAGAAACCACUUCACCGUAGCCCAGAAUGAACAGUUUGAUGAGGACUAUAAGAAGAAGAUGAAGAAUACCACGCUGCAGUUCCGCACUCUUGUCUGAAAUCUGGCCAGGCUACUCCUACAUCAUGAUUAAACCUGAGUGACAGAGCAGGAAAUGUAGGAUCUUUCAACAAGGUCGUAGAUUUACAGUGUUUUGCUGGUCUUUAAAACAUUUGUACAUAUAUAUAUGUAAAACUAUUUAGUAAGACCGUGAGUCAUCAUAGAAAAGCCGGGGGUCCCUUAUAGUGCUAUCUAUAAACCGAAUAAUAGUCAGAUAUAGGGCUUGACCAACAUAGCCUCUGUUUUGGAAGCAUAGGAGCAUUCGAAUGUUGGGUUUUAUUAUGUUGGAAGUCAUGUAUUUUGUUAUCGUAAUUAAUCGUGAAAUUAUGAUGAGUUAAAAUCAGAAAAAGUAUAUUUUUAUGUGAAAAAUUUAAAUGUAUUACUUAGAAUACAUAUUUUCAAAAUUAAUAGGAUAUCUCUGCAAACCAAAGUGGAAAACUAACCGAUGUAAUGAGAUGUUUCUUCAAAAAUGGUUGCGGCAUCCUUUUCCAAUGGCAGAAUGUACUCUAAUGACAACAUGUUUCAUUAAACCUUGGUGUAACUUCUGUAAUUACAGAUUAGCUCAGUUUCAAAACUAUUGAACUAUAAAGUUUCUUAAGAGUGGAACAUAUCCACCAAUAAUUUCUUAAAUAUUUUUUUUUCUUUCUGUAAAUAGAAGGUUGUUGUUAAAGGCAUCAAAACAAUGCAUCAAAUGCUGUGGCAAUGCAAUACAUGUCUAUUCCCCUGCCACCCCCACCAUUUCAUUAGACCCUCUUCUACUUCACAUAAAAACAUUUAGUUUAAUUGACCGACUUUGGACACUUUAAAUACAUAAACCCAUACGCUUGGAAUACAGCUCAUUUUGCACUUCCUGUGAUUUUUCCUCCCUUUCAUUUUGCACGUCAUUCUUCUUUUGUAAACAGCCAAAUGUCCCUGCCUGGGGAUCAAUACAGUUCUAUCUUAUCUUAUCUGAUCUUAUGAAGUUGUAUUUACAGUUCUGCGUCAUCACAUUUGCAAAGAUCCAGCCUCAGAGCAGCUCAGACAGACCACGGAUCCUCACAGAGCUUCCUUCCUUUAUUUAUCAUUCAACCUAAAAUGUUUAAUAUGUUAUAUAAAAGAAAACGUUAUUUUAUGAUCGGAGGUUUAACAAUGGUAUUGUACUACUGCAGGGGUCAGGAGCCGGAGGUUCUUGGGCUGGAUGCCCCUCCCCUGUGGCUCCUUGAUACGCCAAAGUAAUAUUUUUAAAACUAAUAUUUUAUGAAUGUAUCCUUCCUCUAUGUUCUUCAAUCUAAAAAAUAUGUUGGAACAAAAAUACAACAAUAAAUAUGUAUUAAUAAACAAAGAAUUACUCAACUGUUCAAAUGUACCUGAAGGUUGCUAUGGCUACUAGGUGCUGGCUCGGUCACGCCUGACGAUAACAGUUAUAGCUUGGUCACGCUACACAACCAAGUCAUCAGAUAGCUGUACUGUUCACACUACAAGUUCAAAUAAAUUUGAUGAUGA